AUGACUCUACAGAAAGUUCUUAUAUACAUCCUGCGUCGCGACCUGCGGUUGGGCGACAACCCCAUCUUUCACGAGAUUCACAAAUUAUUUCAGCAACCCCAGAACCCAUUCACACAUGUCCUACCCCUAUAUGUCUUCGCCGCUCAGCAGAUCGAGGUCAGUGGGUUCCUGAAAGACCCUGCCAGUCGCUCUCCAUAUCCCGAGGCACGAUCAGAAGUCGGUCGGUUUUGGAGGUGCGGCCCUCACCGUGCCAAAUUCCUGGCCGAAUCUGUCUGGGAUCUCAAAUCCCAGCUCACGAAGUUGGGAAGCAAUCUUGACAUCCGUGUCGGGACGCUUGGAAAGGUCAUCGACGAUCUAUUGGCUCAACUAAAGCAGCAAAACGACAAGACCUUAGUUUCUGCCAUCUGGAUGACCGAGGAAGAGGGCGUGGAGGAGAAGCGCGACGAGCGGGAUGUCCGACGAGCCGCAGAGAAGGCAGGAGCUGAUUUUCGGCUGUGGAUAGACGAGAAAUAUUUCAUUGAUGACCGUGACUUGCCUUUUGACAACCCCUCAGAUCUGCCUGACGUCUUCACGAGCUACCGGAAAUCUGUAGAGCCAUUGAGAGAGGCUCCUCGAAAGACCAUUCCAACACCCUCAAGCCUACCCCCAAUGCCUUCCGGGCUACCUGUGCAGACCGAACCCUUCUCGCUGCCAGAAACAUAUGACGAACUGGAAUCGAAGCUGAUGAAGCCCCUGAAAGCUGACCCGCCUCUGCCAGACCCUGUGUCGUUCCCUGCUGAGGCCAAGUCGGCCCAUCCGUUCCAGGGUGGCUCAACGGAGGGUUUGGAACGACUUCAGUCAUUGAUAGGCUCGGGUGCUAUGACACAGUACAAAGAUACGCGCAACGGCCUCCUUGGUACCGAUUUCUCGACGAAGUUGUCUGCAUGGCUUGCUCUUGGAUGUAUCACGGCGCGGCAAAUCCAUUUCCAACUACUUGACUUCGAGGAUGGGCGAGACACGCAAUACCAAGGAGUAGCAGGUUACGGUAAGGGAGAGAACAAGGGUACCGCAGCCGUGCGUUUUGAACUACUGUGGCGAGACUACAUGAGACUGUGCACGAGAAAGUUUGGGCCUCGCCUAUUCCGCCUCGAGGGUUUUAGAAACGAUACCUCGUAUCUGUGGAAGCGUCCGGGUGCCAAGGGCAGCGCGCCAGAAGUGGAUGGCAUGUUUCGACGGUUUCUUCAAGGAACCACGGGCACCGCUUUGAUUGAUGCCAGUCAACGCGAGCUGUAUCUCACAGGUUACACGAGCAACCGGGCCCGGCAAAAUGUUGCGAGCUACUUGGCCAAACAUCUUGGGAUCAACUGGAAGCUGGGCGCUGAGUGGUACGAAUGUAUGCUGACAGACUACGAUGUCAGCUCGAAUUGGGGCAACUGGCAAUAUGUUGCGGGAGUGGGGAAUGACCCCAGAGGUGAAGCUCGAGUGUUCAAUCCGGUCAAACAAAGCUUCGACUACGACCCGCAAGGAGAUUAUUGCCGAGCAUGGGUAGAGGAAUUGCGUGGGCUGGAACAGCCGCAAGAGAUAUUUCAGCCGUGGAAAGUCGGCAGCGACAAGAGGGCUGAGCUUGGGCUGGAAGGACUGGAAAUGGUGGAGCAGCCGCUCAAGAAGAUCGAUUUCACAGUGGGUGGUAAAGGCAAAAGAGGAUCAGGAGGCGGUAGAUACGGAGGGAGCAGUAGAGACAAGGCAAAUGGUGCAGGGGGCGGAGGUAAAGGACGAGGAGGAGGUAGUUUUGGGGGGCGGGGUGGCUACCGUGGACGUGCUAAAGGAGAACGAGGACGACAAGGUUAUAGACGACAAGGUCUGAUGGACAAGGCUGUCAACGAGGUGGUGACGUAG